UCUACCUGCCAUGGGAAGUUUCGAACGCGGAAGUUUGUAGGACUGUCAUGGUUGCAGGGAGAGUGCGGCGGACUGGUUUAGCUGCUCUGUAAAACGAAAUACGCAAAACAGCAUCUUGUUCGGGCGCUGCGCCUACACAGGUUUUCUGGACUUUCCGACCCGAGUCGUCAGCCGUACAACGACCCAAUGGCAUCUCCCGGACCGGGGAGUACCAGCGGCCCGGUGCAGGGAGCGGGGCUCGGGGAGAGCCCGUCGAUGAGCACUGAGAAACUGAGCUCCUCGGCUGUCAAUCGCAUGUUAAUGGAGUUUCUGAUUUACUGCGGGAGAGCCGUGUUCAUCUUCUACCCCGUAUACCUGACGGGUUACCUGGGCCUCAGCAUUAGCUGGGUGCUGCUGUGCAUGUUUGUGCUCACUUGGUGGAAGAAAAAUCGCCAGUGGAAGGACGCCCGGAUCGGAUCGGCUAUUGACUUUGUGGACAAUGAAAAGCACACGAUCAACACCGAGCUGAAAGGUUCCCUACAAAUGGCAUCUUGGGUGAAUUUCACUGAUGUGGAGAAGGCACAGUGGCUUAACAAGGUGUUGGAGCAGGCGUGGCCCUUCUUUGGGAUGUACAUGGAGAAGUUAUUAAGAGAAAACAUCCAGAAGUCUGUCAGGACCUGCAAUACUGCACUCAAAGCAUUUACUUUUACCAAGAUCCAUUUUGGACACGUACCUCUCAAGAUCACUGGAAUAAGAGCGUACACACAUGAAGUGGAACGUAGGGAAGUGAUUCUGGACAUGAACUUAAGUUAUGCUGGUGAUGUGGACAUCGAUGCUCAGGUGAACUCAGCAAUCACAGCUGGUGUGAAAGGACUUAAACUCCAUGGGAUGAUGAGAGUUGUUUUAGAGCCUCUUAUUGGUCAAGCACCUCUGGUGGGAGGAGUCACUUUUUUCUUCAUUCGCCGCCCUACACUGGAAAUAAACUGGACUGGCAUGACAAAUGUUCUGGACAGCCCUGCUUUUGGUUCACUGUCAGAGGAGACUAUCGUAGACAUCAUCGCUUCUCUCAUGGUGUUGCCCAACCGCAUGUGUAUUCCCCUCAUAGACCAGGUCAAAAUGGACCAAAUGAGGUUUCCACUUCCUCGUGGGGUGGUGAGGGUCCACUUGCUGGAGGCAAGAGAUCUGGUGGCUAAGGAUACAUACAUGAUGGGUUUAGUGAAAGGCAAAUCAGACCCCUAUGCCACACUCAGAGUGGGCAACACAAAUUUCAAAAGCAAGACCAUCAAAGAGAAUUUGCACCCAAAAUGGAAUGAAGUGUAUGAGUUUGUUGUCCAUGAAGCGCCGGGCCAAGAGCUGGAAUUAGAGCUCUAUGAUGAGGACACAGACAAAGAUGAUUUUCUUGGAAGAUAUAACCUCGAUUUGGGAGAAGUGAAGAAGGGAAAACAAAUGGAUCAGUGGUUUGCUCUGGAGGAUAUACAGCACGGUGAAGUUCAUCUUAAGCUCCAGUGGUUUUCCCUUCAGACUGACACCAGCCUGAUGAAGGAGUCCACCGACAACCUUGCGUGUGCUAUGCUUGCAGUGUAUCUGGACAAUGCCACUGAUCUACCAAAAGACGGCCGUGAGGCUGCAGACCGUCAUAAACAUGGGAAGAACCCCAAAGAAGAACGGCUCACAAAGAGAGUCGCCUGCCCCAACUCCUUUGUUGAAUUUUCCAUUGACAAGGAUGUUAAGAAAAGCAAGGUUGUGUAUGCUUCCAAAGACCCGGUGUGGGAGGAGGGCUUCACCUUCUUUGUGCGUAACGUCAAAGCGCAGCAGCUCUCUAUUCAGGUCAAAGAGCCUGAGAAGAAGAAUCCACUCGGUGUUCUCAACUUGCCCCUCAGUCGCCUCCUCAACACCUCGGACCUGACUCUAGACCAGCGCUUCCUGCUAGAGCGCUCUGGAGCAACCAGCCAGAUCAAACUGAAGGCCACUCUGAGGAUUCUUAAAUUGGAAGAGCCUCCACCCAAGCCUAUCGUCAAGCCUCCUUCAGAAGUCAAACAAGCGGGGAAUACCUCAGUCUCCAAUCCCUCCAACGCUCCAUCCUCUUCUAACGCAGUUUCCUCCAGAGAAAUUCCUGUUGUCUCUACUCCGAAACAAGUGCCAACUUCACCAAAUGAAGGUUAUUUAGCUCAACGCCGUGGCUCCUUCCAGGCGCCUGAAAACAGGAAGGAAUCAUCUUCAUCAGCAAACUUGCGUCGGUUCGACUCUCACAGCCUGCUGUCGGAGAACUCUAUUGCUUCAUCACGAUUCGACCUGUCAGAUGGAGCCACCUAUCCCGAGGCCAUUAGGAAUCAUCAGGGUUCGUUUGGAGAGAUUGAGCUGGUUAUACGCUACGCAACCCUGAGACAUAAACUUGUUGUCAUUGUUAACAGGUGCAGGUAUGUCCCAAAAAUCUUUCCUCAAUAG